AUGUUCUACUCUCACCAACUCCUUGCUCGCAAAGCUCCUCUCGGACAAAUCUGGAUGGCGGCAACAAUGCAUGCGAAAAUCAAUAGGAGGAAGCUCGACAAGCUUAACAUCAUCAACAUCUGUGAAGAAAUUUUGAAUCCAUCAGUUCCAAUGGCUCUCAGAUUAUCUGGAAUUCUCAUGGGUGGAGUCGUUAUUGUCUACGAGCGCAAAGUAAAACUUCUCUAUGAGGAUGUGACUCGUUUUCUGGUGGAAAUCAAUGAAGCAUGGAAGGUUAAAACUGUUCGAGAUCCUACCAUACUUCCUAAGGGCAAGUCUCAUGCCAAAUAUGAAGAUGUCACACUCCCUGAUAACAUACCCACAGACCUAGGAGAAAUUGAGCAACCUCUUCAGUUUUCUAACUCAGAAACACAAAGAGGGUUUCAUAGAAGUGCUUAUACUGAAAUGAAACUUGACAGCAUAAAUGAAGCCUACAUCAGCCACAACCAGGGCAAGAAAGAUAUCCCUCAGGAUCAUCAUCAAGCUAAUAUCGAUGAUAUCACAAUGUGUGACAAAUUUGAUUCACACCAGACUGAAGCAGGUCUCUUCAAUCUUUUUGAGAGGUUUGACAUCGAUGGGGAAGAAGAAACACAAGUGAAUUCAGCUUUCCAUGAUCAUACUGACAUACCAGAUACUCUUGUCCCCUCUCCACCUCCACAAGAAGAACCUCAAAUUCAAAACCCUGAUGAGAUCCAUGAGCAACAUCCAGGAGAAUUUCCCAAUCCCCAAGUUUCUGAUGAAGAUAAGGCACAGUACAACAGUCCACACAACAGUCCACAGAGGCGAAAACCAACUAGAAGAACUACAAGAAGAGUCACAACUACUUUAAUGGAUCAUGGACAAACUAUAAUUCCUGGACCAAUGUAUCAGUUUUGGCUUCAGAAUACUUCUGAUAUUGUCUCAAGAAGAGGACAGAAGAGAAAACUCAUGCGCAAUAACACACACUCUGUAAAGAUAGCCAGACUCAUGGAUCUACCACCAGUUUCUCUUGUUUGUGGCUUGGUUGGAAACACGGAUAUUUAUUAUCCUCUUCCAAUAUUAAAACUAUGGACAAAAAGCAUUCAACCUUUGCAUGAUUCUCCUUCUGGGAACAACUCGCCACCUCAUCCACCAGCACCAUCAUCAUCAUCACCCCCAGAAAGAAACAAUUAUCAUGACCCAAUAAGCCCUCCUUUUGAAGAUAACCAUGGUGAAGUUGGAUCUGGAUCAUUGGGGGUAUCCAUAGAGAAUAUAAGGGUAAAUAUUAUGGAUAACAAUGAGGUGAUGCCUCCUUCAAUCCCCAUGGAAAAGUCAACAACCAACCAUGUCAACAGUGGAGUAAGUGUAUCCGCAGUCAACAGGGGGACAGUUACACCUUCAAAUUCUGGUGACGAUGUUAGAUCCAUGCCAAGUGCAGAAGUUGCACCACAUGGCUCAGAUGUCAACUCUGGAAGGUCAAACAAGAAGAGACUUUUCUCAUCAACUAGACGAAGUGGGAGUAACCUUGAACCAGUUGUAGAGGAGCUCUAUGGGAAUUACUCUGAUCCAAUUUUCAAGCUAUCUGAACUAUCAGAAAACCAAAAUGAUCUGGUGGUAGAAACUGGAACAGGACCAACACAAACACAAAAAGACCCGAUAGCUGAUCAACCAGUGGAGCAGUUAACUGAUUCUAUCCGAAUGCAACUGAAGAUGCAUUUUGAUGCACCAGGGUCUCCUCAAACGGAAUCACUUAACCAGCUUGCAUUGGGAUUGAACAGGAAAGCGGCUGCUGGUUUAUUUUAUCAGACUUGUGUUAUGGCGACCCGUUGUUUCAUAAGGGUGGAACAGAGAGUUGCUUAUGGAGACAUUCUAAUUUCUAGGGGUGCCAAGAUGUGA